UGAUAAUCGGAGAAACUGCACUCAAUAAUAUCACUCUUUCAUUGUACAGAGAGGUGGGUAGUGUAGCAAAACAAUUGUAGUAAAGUAAGAGUAACAUUACUUCAACAUAUGUUUCUGCAAGCAAAAGUUAAAGGUAGCCAUCCAAUAAAUUACUAAAGUAAGAGUAAAAAGGUAUUCGGUAAAAAUGUUAUGAUUUACUCAGCAUAAAAUCUGAUUUGAAAUGUACAAAUGAUUUAAUCAGAAUGACAAAAUUCUAAAGUUACAUACAAAUUCUGGUUGUUUAAAGACAAAAAUAAAAACAUAUACAAAAUAACAUAAUUACUAAAUAACAAGUUCAGGCAGAACACUUUUGGAAAUAAAAUUUGGAAAUAAAAUUAUUUUUAAAGUAAUACUUAUGCUAUCAAUAUUUACAGUAGCCAAUGUAUAUUUAGUUAGAACAAUGCAAAGUACUUCCAGUUCCAAUAUAUAUUGAUUACUGUAUAUUUACUUGACCUCCAAUUGGCACAUCGAGCACAGCAGAAAGACAAUGACAUUAAAGCAACAAAAUUUGUGUUCAAACAAGAAAUCUCACUUUAACAUCAAAUACAGGUGUGUGUCUCUCUGGUGCAUUUCUGGUUAAAACAGCCUGUCUUUCAUUCAGUAGAGUACCCAGAAAUUUUACUCAAGUAAGAGUAGCGAUACUUCACAGUAACAUCACUCAAGUAAAAGUAGAAAGAACACUGUAGUAAAAGUACUUAAAAGUACUCCUAAUUUAUUUAUUUUUUGUCCAAAACGUUACUGUACCUGAGUAAAUGUAAUUACUACCCACUCCUGAUUAUACUAAAUCUAUUACCAGAGUGUACAUCAAAUGAAAAGUUGAAAUUGACACUAAUCAUACUUUAUACAGAAAAGGUCAUGUCUUUUGAAGCACAAAUUGUUCUGUUGUGACUAUUUAUGUGCAACUUUUUGUGUGUUGUGUCUUCAUCUUCUAUUUUGUUUUCUAGGAGAAUCCCCGUUUUACAUGAAAGGGCAUGGAAAAAAACCCAAAAUAAAAGUGGUCUGUGGUGCCAAAGAAGUAAAUGUUAUUUUGUUGGACUUCAAUGCAAGCCCCUCAGAAGGUCACAGCGGUCAGGAAAAAACACAAGACGCCAUUUCUCAAUGUUUACAUUGGCCUGGAAAGACUCGAGACAUCGAUAAAUGGGUUUCACAACCCUUUGAGUUGAUAGGCAUGGACUUAAUAGGCAAACUAACAAAAACAUCAACUGGAAACCAGUAUGUUUGUGUGAUGGUGGAUUAUUACACUAAGUGGACCCAGGCUUACCCCAUUAAGUCAAAAAAUGCAGAGGAGGUCACAAACCAGAUUCUGAAAUUUGUGUACCAAUUCGAGGCACCAAAACGCAUAUUGACAGACGAAGGGACAGAGUUUGUAAAUGCGGUGAAUUUGUAUUUUAUUAAUAUGAAUAUCCAUGUUUUUAAUAUAUCAUGCAGUACCUCAAUUUAGGGAUUAUCUAUGGUUGCAACAGAUAAACAAGAAUGUCUGUGAGAAACUGGGUAUCACCAGAAGUCUGUGUGCCUCCUACCAUCCCCAGACAAACGGUCUGGUUGAACGAAUAAAUGGCACCAUCCAAAGGUCUCUGAGCAAACCUGUCAGAACAAAACCUGAUACAUGGGAUGACUAUCUGGAUUCAUUAAUGUUUGGACUUAGAACCAAAAAACAGAUGACCACCAAGUUUUCUCCAUACUAUUUGAUGUUUGGAAGGGAAGCUCGCUAUCCCAUCGAGAUCCCAGAAAACUACCAGAUCGACAGCAGGGUGGAGGAAGUAAUCAAGAAGGAGAGAGAUAGCCAGAGUUUUAAGUUGCUUGAUGAUAUCAAAUAUAAAAUAAAUGUGUCCAAAGCUCAAGGCAAGAGUGAGAAGCUAUCAAGUGCUUCCAGUAGGAAAGUCUGCUUAAAUAUUGGACACAGAGUCAUUAAGAAAAAAUGGAGGAAUCAGAAGCACAAGGGUGGAAAGCUUGAGCCAAACAUUCUUGGACCCUUCAUCAUUACAUUUAUCCAGGGGAAAAGUGCUAAAUUUCUUGGAGUAGAUGGAACAGUGUUCAAAAGUAUCCGUGUUGAGCACCUGAAGCACUUUAAACAACAAAAUCCACAAAUUCCCCAAAAAGUUCCAAUUUCUCAUGCAGAAUCUACCACCACCACCUCAGUUCCUACUUCCUCAGCUCCUACCACCUCUGCUCCAACCAUCUCAGCAUCCACUCCUGUUUUUACCACCACAUCAGCUCCCACAUCCUCCACUCCAGCUGCUUCAGUCUCAUCUGCCAGUGUACCAACAGUUUUGGAAAAGGUAUGGAGUGGAACAUUAAAUGACACACAUGUUAUGCUGUCCAAGAUCGGACCGUACAGGUUGUUCUGUUGGGAUUUCGCAAGAAUUGGUCCUGGCCAAGAGCUGGAGAGUGAGGUGAUUAAUGCCUACCUACAGCUAAUGGUGAAAAAAUAUAAUCAGAAGCACCAGGACCAAGCUGCCCUCAUUGACAGCUUUGAGAUGACAUGGAUUUGGAAUGAGAAAAUGUCCAGUUUACAGAUUGAUCCAGAAAAAUAUGGAGUAAUGGUGGGGAUUGUUAAUGAAAGUCACCACUGGAUGCUGGUUGUAAGAAAGCAAAAGCUUCAAUUGAAUACUUUUUUAAAAUUUAGUGUUAACUUUAGGACAACAUAUGCCUGCAUGUGUAAUUAUAGAAAAUUACAAGUAUUUUCAUAGCAUGAAUAAAAUAACUUUGAAGACAGCAAAGAAAAAUACUAGGCUGUUUUUUUUAUUUUAUUCAUAUGAUAAGGUCAUUUAUCCACUGGAACAAAGAACACUCUUCCUUGACCCACUAGGAGAGUCCCAAAGUAAACUAAAUAGGUGCUUGGAGGCAACAAGGUGAGUAAAACAAAAAAUGCAUUUUCUGUUUAAGAUAAAAAAUGCAAUUAUUUUAUGAUUAAAAUGUUUUAUUAAGAUUUUAUCUACUCACUAAGAGAAUUUAUGAGGCUGAACGGAUUGAAGGUGUCAAGAUGGACGUGCCACAGUGUUCCACAUGCAGUCCAACAAGACAGCGUGUCUUGUGGUGUGUUUGCACUGAAAGUAAAUACAUUUUUCAACAGAAAGUUUCACUUCAAUUGGAUUCUUUCUGUACUGUAAUAACAAUAACAACGUGUGGCAUUUCAGAUGGUAUUAUUUUGUUGGCAUACAUUUUUUCAAGCUUUCUAUGGAAAGGUUUUAACAUAACCUUAAUGUUUUUGAAACCAUGAUUUUCAACAAGAAUUUGUGCAAAUACCUAAACAUGAAUUAACCUCUGAAGGGAACUAAAGUGUUAGAGUUGUUUUAAAGUUACUUAUGUACUCUUAUUAGAAACACAGGAAAAAAGAUAUGUGACUGUCUUUAAUGGCCCUUGUUGCUGAUGCACCUUCACAGGAUUAGAUUUCAUCUAACCUGCUGACCACACUGUUCAUCCCAGUUAAACACAUAAACUUCACUGAUAACAGGGUAGGCCACGCUCCACUAUUUGUAACGGACGGCGACUGUAGCGAUGGUUGUAGGGGUUCGCCCUGUAACCUGUGGGGUGCCGGUUCGAAGCUCUGUCUCUCUCAGUCGUUGUGUCCUUGGGCAAGACACUUCAUCCUUCUUGCCUGCUUCUGGUGGUCAGAAGGGUCAGCUGUGGCUACUGUGUA